AUGAAGAAGUUCUUCGGCUUCGCUCGCCGUAAGUCCUCGUCAUCGCUGAAGGGCCUAAACCCGCGCCGCUUCUCCAUCGGCUCGUCGGCCUCCAGUUCCCUACAGAUCCAGGUGGUGAGGGGUGGCUAUAACGUGGACCUUGGUAAGGUGGACCAGUCGUUCACCAAACUCCAUAAGGCGGCGCUCCUGAACGAUGAGGACCGGGUCCGCAAACAGGUUAAGGCCGGCGCCGACGUGAACGCCAGGGACAGCUCCGACAGGACGGCCCUACACUUGGCUACGGUUAACGGCAACCUGUCGAUCAUCAGGGGGCUGGUAGAGGCCGGUGCUCACGUGAAUGCCCAGGAUAGUGAUGGCAAGACGGCCAUUGUCAAGGCCAUUGAGUGCAAUCACCAGGACCUGGUCCAGUACUUUGUGUGUGCCGGCGCUGAUACCGAACUGGCCGACUAUGAGACGGGUAAUACACCCCUGCAUUGGGCUCUGUCUAUGGGGGCUGUAGGCGCCGCUCAGUAUUUGCUGCGAAAUGCGAAACAACUGGAUGUGAAUAAACGAAAUAAUCAAAACGAGACGUGCCUACACUUGGCGGUCAAACUGCCCCAGAAUUGUGUGAUUCUGGAGGACCUGAUAGCCAAUGGCACGCAUUUGGACGCCAGGGAUGACCGCCAGAAGACAGCCCUUAUGAUAGCCACGGCCAACGAGAACCUCCAGGCCGUCAACACACUCGUGAAGUACGGCUCCAAUACUUAUUCCUCGGACGAGGACAUGAGACACACGAUUAGUGUCAACAGGAAUAACGCGAAGAACGCGAGGAAUCUGCAGAUGUCGGCCCACGAGACGGAUAGCGCCGAUUCGUGGCCCGACACGGAGGACGAGGACAGCAAUUAUGAGCGCCCGAUGUCUAAGGAGUCGACGAAAGCCCGCAAAGAGUCCUUCAAAAGCAACUCUUUUCGUGUGUCUAGUCUUGUCGACGAGACAAUUGUCGAAGAAUUGAAAACCGAUGAAAACAACGAUAACGACGAUUACGUUAUCUGUAAGCCAAGCACUAGUCGCGAGGAGAACGUUGGCGAUGUCACCAAUGGUUCCCAGGAUAUCAAAAUCAUUUGGAGCAAGUCUUCGAGCGAUUCCGAUGAUAAUAAUGUCAAUAAUAAGGUGUCAGAGAGCGGAACGUUUGGCAAAAUCGAUACUCUGAAGGGCAGGGAUGAGGUGUGGGCUAAGAACGCGUUGAAUACGAAACAGAAUCGCAAGUUCUUGGACUCGGAUCCGUUCAAUGCGGACGUGAUGGACGAGUUGGAGCUGUUGCUAAUCCAGGAGACCACACACGACGGAAACGUCGACUUUAUUACGCAAAUGAAGAGUUUGUUAGACGAAGACCCGCCUCCGCCACUCACAUCACCCCUCAAUGGGAUCCAAUCGCCACCACAACCUCUUCAGUCAACACCACUUAAGACACCAGUGCGUCAAAAAUCACCACAAAAUGAUGUUACGAAAGACAGUGACAGACGUGAGGUGACAGUGAAAAGUGCGGACAAUAAACUCCCGUUUUCGGGAUGGUCACGAGGCCGCUUGCCAAAGGUGUGGGUUUCUCACCAACUUCUUCACGGCCGAAGAAGUGUCGAAAUCAGGAGUUCUCGCGAGGAGUCGUCGCCCACUCAUACGGCAGACGAUAAUAGGCGGCGAAGUUAUGCCGAAGUGGUGGCCCAGAAGGUGAACGGCGGGCGUCAGGCGUUGAUGGAUGAGCUCAAGAGCAGUAUCAGCGCCCGGGCCAAGAGCUACGCGGAUGUGGUGUCGACGACGAGUACCGCCGACUUUGAGCUGAUCCGCGAAACCAAGAUUCCUAUCCUCAGAGCUAAGUCUCAUUUAUCGCCAUUAAAGCAGAGUUUAAGACCAGCCGGUAGUCAAUCAAACUCUCCGACACACCAUCACAGCAACGGUUCCCCAAAGAAUCACUCGUUGAUUGAGACAAACCACGCCAUCACAUCUCACAUGAACUCAAAUAAUCUGAACAAAAGUUUGUCGAAAAUACCGUUACCUGUGAAACAGUCGUCCGAACCCACGAGACCUCAUUCAUCGGAGUCCACGACCUCCGAGGACUCCAUGGGAGGUGAGGAUCAGCUCAUGGGAGCUGACGCGUCGUCGCCAACAAUGAAGACACCAUUGAGUGAGUCGGGCGUGAAGUCAAGCGGAAAGCCUAAGAACGGAGCCAUACGUUCAUCGAAGUUAAGACGACGAGUGAAUGAGUUGACGGAUGAGCUCAAGCGGGGUAUGUCUGAGAAGUCUUUGUUAACCGCUGAGAACGAGUCCAUACGGAAGCAUUUGCUGGAAUUGAAUGAGAAGAUCCAAAGGGAGAGCUCACGUAACUAUGAGUUGGAGAAGAAGUUGAUUAAACUGGAGGCAGAGCUGAUCCAAUACAGGGUCGAAGUAGACAUGAAGUGCAAGGAGAACACAGCAAUUAAGACAGAGUUGGCGACCAUUGUCACCGACUUUGACGAUAAUCAAAGACAGUGCCAUUAUUUGGAGGCAGAGAAUCAAAAGAUGUUGAAUCAAAUCAAAUCCAUGAAAUACGAGGAGGAAGUGCUGCAUCAGAAGCUGACACAACAGGGUAUGAGCGGCGGUGCGAGAGAUGUCUGCGCUCACGAAGAGGUGAUAAUCGAGUGGAAGUCAAAAGUGGAUGAACUGAAUGCCCAGAACGAGAGACUCCGAGGAGAGGCCGAUGAGCUGCAGAGGGUGUCCGUCGAGAAGCGUCUGGAGUACGAGCGGGAGCUCUUCGAGUGGCAGAAGCGAAAUCUGGACAUCGAGUCCGAUCUCAAGCGACUUCAGCUGGAAAUGCAAGUCAACUCAAUAAAGCCAUCGCCAGAGGAACAGCUGGAGCUCAUCAAAGCCGUCCGAGACUUGAAUCAUCUGAUGGCUAAACUCGACGAUAGGAUCACCCGAAACGAGGAGAGCCAACAGUUUAAGGCGCGGACUAUCAAUGAGGAGAUGUUCGACUGCGCCCGCAAUCUCUUGGAUCAGAUGAGAGCCGAGUUGACUAAUUUCAAAGACAUGUUGAAUAACACCGCGAAUAGAGAUAACAAAACGGAGUCCGAAGAGAGACAGCUGUCGGCCUUCGAGUCACGGAUAGCUGAGUUGCGGUCAAGUCUGGAGCGACUCGAGGACCAGAUCCAGAGCCAAGAGUUGCAACUCUUUCGCCAGUCGGACAUCAUAUCGUUGGCCACACCGCUGAGGAAGUCCUCGUCGUCGCGCGAACUGUUCAUCUCGACUAACAAUAAGCCUAAGAGUUGGUUCGUGCAGACGCUCUUCCGACUCCAAUCGCACAUACAGUCCACGACACCGACCGGCGAUACCAUCACAGCGUUUGUCCACCAGAAGACUCGGCUCCAGAAGCAGAUCCACGAACUGAAGUCGGAAUUAGGAAUAUUCGCCGAAUCCGUCCAUUGA